GUAUCCGGCCCGGUCUCAGCGCUGGGUUGGAGGUUUGCAUGGAGGGAUCGCCCCCCUCCGUCUGAGAGGGGAGCGGGCACCGGGAGGCCCGGCGGCAGCGGCGGGGGGGGAAAGAUAUGGAUAAACUGACCAUCAUUUCAGGAUGUCUGUUUCUGGCUGCGGAUAUCUUUGCCAUCGCCAGCAUCGCCAACCCGGACUGGAUAAACACCGGGGAGUCCGCGGGUGCUCUCACCGUCGGCCUCGUCAGGCAAUGUCAGACUAUACAUGGACGUGACAGGACCUGUAUUCCUCCUCGUCUCCCUCCGGAGUGGGUUACAACACUGUUUUUCAUCAUUAUGGGAAUUAUAUCAUUGACUGUUACAUGCGGUUUGCUAGUGGCUUCCCACUGGAGAAGAGAAGCGACGAAAUAUGCCCGCUGGAUAGCAUUCACUGGCAUGAUCCUCUUCUGUAUGGCAGCAUUAAUAUUCCCCAUAGGAUUUUACAUCAAUGAAGUUGGUGGACAACCUUACAAACUACCCAACAACACUGUCGUUGGGUCGUCCUAUGUACUUUUUGUCUUAUCCAUUUUCUUUACUAUAGUGGGACUAUUAUUUGCAGGCAAAGUAUGUUUACCCGGCUGAUGUAAAAGGGGGAGACGACAAGACUAUAUUUUAUUUUCUCCUGGAAUGGAUAGGAUAUAAUUUUAUCGGGAAUGGUGUUGGGGGCAGUUCCUUAAACACCCCUGAGGACCUUGCCUUCUCAGGAGAAGACCUGAAAGGGACAAGAGAACUGAGACUGAUAACAAAAAACAAAAACCAUUGACUUGUUCUCACUAUGCACUUUGGAUCAAAUGGAAAGCCUUUCUUUCCACAACCAAAUAGAAAUAUCAUUGACUGAUUUAUGCCGUUAGGUCUGCACUGUGACGUGGACUCGUGAAGAACAAUGCUUUACACUGACAAGAAAAACUGACCUUUAUUACCGUACCCGAUUUUUUUU